CUUGAAUCACGUUGCAAAUGAGACACAUGCAAGAACUUUGUGGGAAAAACUUGAGACACUCUAUGCUUCAAAAACUAGCAAUAACAAGUUGUUCUAGCUAAAGCAGUUGAUAAACUUGAAGUACAAAGAAGGAAGUCCUAUUUCAGAUCAUGUUAGUGAUUUUCAGGGCAUCCUUGAUCGCUUGUCUAAUAUGGGUGUUAGAUUUGAUGAUGAGAUUCAAGGACUUUGGUUGCUUAAUACUUUGCCUGAUUCAUGGGAAGCUUUUCGGGUUUCAUGGACCAAUGCUGCUCCUGAUGGUGCUAUGACCAUGGAAUAUGCUAAGGCUGGUGUUUUGAAUGAAGAGGUGAGAAGAAUUAAUCAGGCUGCAUCUUCUUCAACCUCACAGUCAGAUGUUCUAGUCACUGAAGAUAGGGGGAAAAGCAAAAAUAAGGGUCAAGGAGGUAGAGAUAAAAGUAGAAGCAAGUCAAGGCUAAAGUACAAAGAUCUUGAAUGUCACCAUUGUGGUAAAAAGGGACAUAUCAAGAAAUACUGCUUUCAGCUUAAAAAGGAGAUGAGGCAGGGGAACAAGAAAGACGAUGAUAAUGAGAACCGUGUUGCAGUUGCCAUUGACGGAGAUCUUCUUUUCGCUGGUGAUGAAAAUGUCAUCAAUUUUGCAUCUCAUGAGACAAGCUGGGUUGUGGAUUUUGGUGCUGCAUACCAUGUUACACUUAGGAAGGAAUUUUUUCACUUUUUAUACUUUCGGUGAUUUUGGGGUAUUGAAGAUGGGUGAUGAUGGCCAAAUUAAGGUGAUUGGUAUAG